AUCCCAAUCAGAAGUUCUGCAGUCAAACUUACCAAAUAUAUCUACUAAUAAAUCUCAACCAUCUGUACAAGAUAUAUACAAAAAUGAUCACUCAAUAUCCAUCGAUCUAGAUUUUCCCAUCCUAGAAGACUUAGAAAUGUGCAACACCCUAAAUUCAUAUAUUUAUCAAGAGAAAAAGAGCAAAACCAAUGCUCCUUCAUCAAACAAUCCUGACAUCUCCUUUAUAACCAUAACCUCACAACAACAUACCAAUUCAGUCUUUCUUUAA